AUGUCAGUCAUCUCUCUCUCCAAGGCCGUCUCCGACUCCUCCGUCGUCAAGUCUGCUGGCGCAGAUAAGGACGCCAGCGCACCACUCUCCUCGUCCUUCCCCUUCUUGCCGACCAUCAAGGACCAGCGGGCGUACGAGCACAACCGCCAACGUGUCAAGAAGGCUGCGGAUGUCCUCAAGAUGAGACAGCAGAAGCGGUCGGGUUCCCCCUUCUUCAAGCUAGAUAGGGGCACCGUGUCGGAGAAGUACAGGACACUCAGAGCAGACGACAUCGACCCGCUGGACGGUGUCUUCGUCGAGAGCGCGCAUCGGGAUGAGACCCCGCCUUUGCCAAAGUCGCCCGAGGUGAAGCUGUCGGAUCUCAUCGUUCGGAAGCAAGAUAGGAAGAAGGAGCCGGAUUUCGAGGUCAUCCCCCACAUCCGCUCCGUUAUCGUCCUUGAUGACUUUACUCCCGACCUUGCCGCGGAUGAGCCUUGGGAGCAUAUUUAUGGCGAGAGCGAUAGCGAAUCUGGCGAACCGGUUUCCAAGACGCCUUCCUAUGCUCAGGUUCUUGUUUCCAAUUAA